UCUAUACGAAUGCUAUGAUGGUCUGUGGUUUAGACUUCGAAAGGUACCUAUACCGGACGUUGUUCGUCGUGUCGUUGUGCGAUGCCAUAAAUUAUAAAAUAGAUUGUUUUGUUACUAAAAUAUUUAAUCAUUCAUUAAAACAAAAAUAAUGAAAUUGUUUAUAAAUAAUUUUUAUAAAAUUCUCGGAGCGUGCCUAUGCUUUAUGCUGUUGAUAUUCGAAGGAGUUCAAAGUGAUUGUCGUUAUCGUAGUUUGAAUGUUCCCAAAAACAUUUUCCAAUACUGGGCUAGUUGGGGUUGUUAUAUUUACACGCGACCUGAUUUUUUCAAUGGCACCCCAAUUGAAUUGCAGACGUGUCCAUUGCAUCUGAGAUCUAGGACGUAUUUCGUUCCAGGAAUAAGACAUAAGAAUUCUACGUUUUGUCAUCCUUUUCACCAUUCGAGUAAAUUUGUAGCACGUCAAGUUGAGAAAUCUUUUUUGAACAACCGAACAUUGAUGCGAUGGAUUGAAUGUACGAAUGACGCUGAGGAUUGUUGUGCUGAUGUUAUGGACAAUGAUGUGGCUGUGGAUAACCACUGUCCUAGUGUUUGGGAUGGCUGGAGCUGUUUUCGUUCAAUUCCAGCUGGUCAGACCUAUAAAUUGCCUUGCUCCCGAUUCGCCUAUGGAAAUGAAGGUCCCCGUUGCCAUCACUUCAGCUAUAAGGAAUGUUACCACAAUGCAACUUGGAAUCAACAAACCGACUAUACAACGUGUGAUGUUACUCCUCCGCUCAUAGCCCGAAAUAAAUAUUACAUUGUGAUUCUAAUGAUAUCAACAGUCUUCUGUACACCAGCCUUGAUGGUUCUCUUUCUUACCAAAGCUAACCACUCGCAAAAGCUUCGAAUUGUUCGAGCACUUCUUCUGGCCAUUUGCAUCCAUAAUAUGAUGGUAAUUCUUGUUCGGACCAUAAUAAUUAUGCCAGAAUUGACUACUUUGCAACCAACAUCUACAACAAUGUAUCAGAAUUCAGUGAUUUGUCGAGUAUUGACAGUUCUUGAGAAACUUUCUGGGAACUUUGUUUUCGGAUGCAUGCUUCUGAUUGGAAUAUUCCUCCAUCAGCUGCUAACCAAUUUGUUUAGGAUUCACGACCGAAAAAAUGGAGCUUUGAUGUUGCCAUUUUAUAUUGGAACAGGAGUUAUUUGUGUUGCCAGUGUUUCCUGGUGGAGUGUUAUUAUGGCUAAGUAUAACGAUCAAUAUUGUUGGCAGGUUUCGGAAGACUUCCGUGUGGAUUGGAUUCUUGAUGGACCUCGACUGGGGAUGUUGUGUGUUAAUCUGCUUCUUCUGUUGCAUAUAACGGUGAGGCUUUGGCAUGCAUUUAAUGCCAAGGAAACCGAUGAUAGCCCAUUUCUGAGAGCUUUAAGGGCAGCAUUGAUAUGUCUUCCCGUAUUCGGGAUGCAGUUUUUAUUUCUUAUAAUUCGGCCUGAUAUGGAUAACUGUGGAACGGAACAGUUUUAUUAUAUCACAAAUUACUCAGUAGCUGGAGCUCAAGGCAUAUUUAUUGCAAUAUUUCAUUGUUAUACAGAACGUGAAGUCAGUAAAUAUUUUAAAGAAUGUUGGUUUAACCUGAAGAAGAAAUUUUUUCGAAGAGAUUCUGUUAUAUCGAAAUGUAGCACCGUCAAUGAAACUCAACAAGAAUUGGUCAAUAAUAUUUCGUCAUCAAAAUUAAGAAGCGAGGGAAAAUUGAUUUUAUUUUAAAAAUAAAUAAUAUUGAUAAUAUAU